AUGACAACUCUCCAAACGGUAUUUUCACGUAUAGAGCCUAUCUACCGUGGUAAAGAUGCAAGAGUUUCUUAUGAAAGACGGAUUGCUGCACAAGCUGCUUUAAAAGAAAAUGAAUUGCCCAAGGCGCUGUCAUUAGCCAGCCAAGCUGUUCUUCGAUCUACUAUGACUGGUGUGGAUGAAGUUAUUGAUGGUGGCGUGACCCUUGCUCUGGCGCUUUGGGUUAGAUCAGAAGUUCUAUUGAAACUCGAAAAGCCAAACGCUGCGUUGGAAGAUCUAAAACUUGCGUUAAAGGAACGCCUUCCUGCGAAGAUGCGAGCGCAAUACUAUUGGCGAAUGGGCCACUGUUAUAAAGGAGCACUAGAGCCAACAAGAGCCAAAGUGUCUUACGAGUUAGCUGGUCGGCUGUUGGGCAACAAUGAAGAGGCGAAAAUCGAAUUGCAAAAAGAUAUAGAAUCACUCGACCACACACUAAAUAAAUCGGCUACAAAAUCGUCUGGCAUAACUCUAACGGGCGGUGCUAAGAUGAACAAACCCGCAUUAUCAAAGUUAGUCAAAAUAACUGAAGAAGAAAAUAAGGGACGUUUUGUUGUCGCAAAUGAUCAGAUAAAAACCGGCGAUGUCCUUUUAGUUGACAGUCCCUACGCAGCGUGCCUCAUAUCUGAUUAUUACGGCUCUCAUUGUUUGCACUGUUUCAAAAGGCUCGAAAUCUGUGACAAUGGAGCUCCAAUUUGGUGUCCUAUUUGUUCGGGUGUCGCGUUUUGUAGCGUCGAAUGCCGCGACGUUGCUGUAACGACCUACCACCCUCAUGAGUGUAAAUUCAUAGACAUUUUUAUAGGAUCUGGCAUGUCAAUACUCAGUCACAUUGCUCUACGGAUGAUAACACAAGCAGGCUUAGAGACGAGCUUACAAAUCUACUCAAGUUACGUAAAUAACGGUAUUAAAACCGUCGAAGGUACGAUCGUUAAUGAUAUCGAAGGAUCCGCGAAGAAGUCAAGGAUAAAAAGUAGAAAGGAAAGAUUAAAUAGAUCGAGAAAAUAUCACAAGAAUUUUUCCGAUCAAAAUGUAAAUUGCGAGACAAAAAGUGUGGAAGAUAAAGAGAGCUAUCAAGACAAAUUAGAGAUGACAGCUGCACAAAUAUAUUCCUUAUGUACUCAUUCUACUUCGAGAAAAGGGCGGGACUAUCUCAAACGGGUAGUAAUGGCGAUGUUUCUCACUGAAUGUUUAAAGAGAAGCGGCUUUUUUAAUAAAUUGGAUAUGGAAAGCGAGAUUAAAGCUAAAACCUCUAUAUGCGAGCUUAUUAUUCACAACCUACAACUCCUGCAAUUCAAUGCCCAUGAAAUUUAUGAGACAGUAAGGGGGCAACACCAGUUUUCUGGAUCAAAGCCAGUAUACAUUGCAGUUGGAAUUUAUCCUACAGGCGCUCUAUUUAAUCAUGAAUGCUAUCCAGCCGUAGCCAGGUACUUCGAAGGAAAGAAGAUUGUCCUUCGUGCAAUCCGACCGCUAAGUCCUGGGGCCACGGUCUCUGAAAACUAUGGCCCACACUUCCUUGUGCGGAGUUAUAAGGAGAGGCGAAGGGCUCUGGCUUGCCGGUAUUGGUUCCAAUGUGAAUGCGUCGCGUGUCGAGAAGAUUGGCCGACGCUGAAGCAAAUGCAAUCGUUGACUCCAUAUUUACGAUGUCCCAAUACGGAUUGUUCUAGUAAGUUCCAAGCAAAUCCAAAGAGCUUGCCAAGCAAAUGCUCUAAAUGUUCGACAGUGAUCGAUCCUAAAUUGAUUAAAAUGUGCAUGGAAAAUAUUGACGAAUGUCAAACACUGUAUCAAGAAGGUGCAAAACUAAUGGAUCAGGAAAACCUUGAUGCGCUAUCAUCACUUUGCAAAGGCGUCGAUUUGUUUCACGAGGUUGCCACCCCUCCACAUCGUGAUACUCACCUCGCACAAGAAUCGCUUAGAGUUUGCUUUGCAGCAGCUGGCAACAUUUAUAAAGUUCCCGAAGCUAACAUCUAA